AUGUGGUUGCAGAUACUCUUCGCAGCGACCGUGUCUGGCGCGGGAUCUACAAAAAGCGUCAACUCAAGCGCUAGCGAUCCGUAUGAGCCAAGAGCAGUUCAUGCAGCAGAUCUAGUUCAGCGAUCCACAUCAACGAACGACUUGCUGUCCCCGUUUGCAACGGAUGAACCGUCCCGAUCGCUCUUCAAACGCAAGGACGGACUAGGUGUGCUCGCCCCUAUCAUCAACAUAGCCGAUAACCUGCUCGGCAAACCCAUUCCGACGAACGAGUGGUGGGGCAAUCUCAUCCACGCAGCAGGAGGAGAGGUCUCUGACGAUACCGUCGCUGACCCCGUGUGGUCCAACCCGUACGCGCUCAAGUUGCCCAACAAGGCACCUUUUGGACUCCAAGCAUGCUACUCCUACACCUACCGCCAACUGGCUGAGAAAGUGGACGGCGUUAUCCGAUACUACCUGCACGAGUUCCACAACGACUUGACAUUGUCAGCAAGCGAGUUCGGAUCGACGAAACCGGACUAUCAAGUCUAUUCGUACAGCGACAUGGGCGUGAACAUUCGGACGUGCGUGUCGGGCAAAAGCACAAGUAAUUUGUGCAUGGACUCGGCGCUCGUGCACGGCAUGGCAUUCGUUUCAGCGACGUACGCUGGUCUGACACCGAGGAUCGAGUCUGACUAUGCCAUGACAGUGGUCGAUCGCUCGACGCCUGGUAAGUACGUGAUGCAGCUGGCGAACAAGCAGACGUGGGUCGUCUUUACCAGCGACACAAGUGCAUCAUUUUCGAUCGCACCGACGGGAUCAGCUUUGGUGGCGAGUGCUGCGUACACGGGCACGAUUCGUCUGGCGGUUCUCCCGGAGAGUGGUGACCCGAGCGUGUACGACAACUUUGCGUCGUGUGUCGUUCGUGGUGGUCAAGUGUCGGUGCAAUCGCGCACGAGGUACUCGUUCGAGUGGGAGACCGAAGGCAGCGGGUGCGACAGCACGGGUAUGCUGCAUUUUGCGCUACCUCAUCAAGUGGAAGUCAUGACUCGUCGUCCGACGACCGCUCAAAGCAGAGGUGCCAUCGUACUGCACUCGAGUACGCGAGGCCAAAUGGUCGGCCAAGUGACCAAACCGUCGAGCUGGACCUUGUCAGAGCCCGAGACGGACGACGAGGUGGACUUUUACCCGUUGUCCAAGCUUUCCGCUUCCGCGGUCUCGAAAGUGAAGCUUCUCUCUACCUUGCAAAGCGACAUUGACAGCAAGUGGAAGCUAGACGCCGGCAGCUGGUAUUACGAUGGCAAGGCGUACCAGAAGUAUGCGUCACUAUGCCUGGUCGCUGCUGAUAGAGCGGUGGUGGGUGAUGACAAGACGUUGCUCAAGCGUUGUGUGUCGAAGCUGGAGGCACUCGUCGGUCCUUUUGUCAAUAACACCUUGGGCAUGCCGCUAGUGUACGACACAACAUACAAAGGCAUUGUAACGAGUCAGGUGUUCGACACGAAGGACGUUUGCGUCGAGUUUGGUAACGGCGUGUUUAAUGACCACCACUACCACUACGGCUACUGGGUGACGGCGUCGGCAAUUCUGAAGAAACUAGACCCGUCGUGGUCGGGCAUGGCGCAGCUCGAGACCAUGGUAUGGACCUUGUUGCGUGAUGUUGCCAACCCGAGUUCGGACGACGUAUACUUCCCCAAAUUCCGUCACUUUUCGUGGUUUGUAGGUCACUCGUACUCGCAUGGCGUGACUUCGGUGACGGAUGGCAAAGACGAGGAAAGCACUUCGGAGGACGUUAACUUUUUCUACGGUAUGAAACUGUGGGGCAAGGUGACAGCGAACAGAGCCGUCGAAGAUCUGGGCAGUCUCAUGCUGCGCCUGAAUGCCCGUGCCGUGCGCACAUACUUCCUCAUGACAUCGGACAGUACUAUCCACCCUUCGCAGUUCGUACCAAACCAUGUCACGGGGAUCUUCUUCGACAACAAGGUGGACUAUGCGACGUGGUUCAGUGCCGAGAAGCACUGCAUCCAUGGCAUCCAGAUGAUCCCAGUGUCCCCAAUCAAUGGACUUGCCCGAACGGCCACGUUCGUCAAGGAAGAAUGGGACGACGUGCUGUCACUGGAGACGAUUGUCAAGAGUAACAACGUCACCAAUGCCUGGCUGUCUUUGUUGCUUGUGAACGCGGCUGUUAUCGAUCAAGAAGGAGCGCUGGAGAAGCUGGCGACAGCAACGAUGGACGACGGUCUCACGCGCUCAUGGGCUCUUUACAACGCGGCAUCUCGCGGAAGCGCUCGCAGCUCGACACAUGCCGCGAGAGCUCCACCGACUAAGAAGAGAGCUACGUUUGUGGCUUCUGCCACUAGGGGUGCCAAGACAGCACGUUCGAAAGUCACGGCUGCUACUUCGAAACAUGCCAAGAAAAGGCUAGUUGCCUUCGCGACGUCAAAGACCUGGUAUGAAGACACUGCAUUGUCCAGGGGUUCUCCGAUAGAGAUUGUUGACAGCGCACCUUCUGCGUCGGCUGCCCUUCCACCAUCGUCGUCAAACAGUGCGACAUCCAGGCUUACCGUCACAAACAAGCCAAGCAAGGUCGCAGCAGCACAAGAAAAGACGUCAACUGGUUCACGCAUACCUGGAUGGACGUCGACAACACCCGGGUGGACAUCCUAUACUCCCGGUGUGGUCAAACCUGAACGUUCUCCGACAGUUGCUGUGGUAUCUGCUCACCUCACGACGAAAGAUGAAGCAGCUUUCCUUCGUCCGAUGAGUCCCAAGAGGUAG